AUGUAUACCGACCAGCACGGCCCAUCCGCACACCCUCCCCCGUCUCUGGCGCCUCCAUGCGACCAAGAACCCAUAGCCCUCCCCCUCCCCAGCACGCACCCUCUCCCCGCGAAGAAACCCUCACGCAGACGCCAGCUAACUCGCUACCUCACCCACUCAAUCCACGAAGACCUCACCCUCGAAGCACAACUCCUCCUCCUCUCCUUCGCGAUCGGCAUCCAAGACGCCGCCGCCUGGCGGGACUACGGCUGCUUCGCCUCCAACCAAACGGGCAACCUCCUCUUCCUGGCGAUCGGGGGCGCGGGGCUCGCCAGCUCGGGGGACUACUCCUUCCGCCAUCUGGGGAUGAGUCUGGGGGCGUUCGUGGCCGGCGGGCUGGUGCUGGGCCAGCUGGGGAACGGGCUGGGCGCCGUGCGGCGGCGCUGGUGGUUGCUGGCUUCGAGUCUGCUGCAGACGGGGAUGGUCUUUGCCGCGGCGGGGAUGUGUCGGCCAGACCGCUUCGCAUCUCGUGAGGUGGGGCAGAAGGCAGAGAAGGAGGGGGAGGCCACCACGCUGGCGACCUUGUUCCUGCUGGCGUUCUCGUCCGGGGCGCAGGUGGCUAUGGGCCGGGCGCUGAAGAUCACGGAUAUCACGACGGCGAUGGCCACGGCGGCGUAUGUGGAUGUGGUCAUUGAUCCGGCCUUGCUGAGGUGGAGGAAUCGGAAGAGGAAUCGCAGGGUCCUGUUUUUGGGGCUGUUGACGGCCGGGUGUUUUGUCGGGGCGGCGGUGGAGAAGGUCGCGGGCUCGAGGGUUACGUUGCUCGUUUGCGCGGGGUGUAAGGCUUUUGUGACGCUUGUUUUUCUUUUUACGCCGGGGAGUAAGGAGGAGGGAUGA